GUUGAGAAUGCUGAGGUUGUGCUGUCUUGUUUGGGGUUCCGUAGAGGUUUCUUAGGGUUCCUUAAGAAACAGGAGCCUGUUCCGUAGGUAUUAUUUACAAGUUGCUCAAGUUCUAUCAGAAACUAUGCAUGAGUUCGGGAAACGAAGAGUCAUCUUUAUGCAUUCAUGGUACACGCACCCAGAAUCUCGAGAUAAAGCCCCAGGGUUCAUUCUAAGAAACUUCUUUGUGCCCUACAUUGUCAGACCGUCUCUAGACGGAAGAAGGUUGAGUGAGGAGUUUCUGGAGAGUACUGAUCAUCUUGAUUACACUUGUAUUCAGCCAGCUCAUUUGCUGGAUGGACCCGUUACAGAUGAAACGUUAAUGGUAAAUGAUACAGACUCUUGGGUCCCUAAGGCAGCUCCUGUCAUCAACAGAGCUGAUGUAGCUGGGUACAUGCUGGAUGUUAUUGAUGAUGAGAGUAGCUACAGGAAGAUAAGAGCUAUUGGACAACAGUGUUGGGAUAGUUAGGAGAUAGAGACAAGAACUUACAUAGGAGAUUUAUUAUGAAAUUUAUUGAGACGCCACUCCUGCAGUACGUGAAGAGGAUAAA